AUGACAGCUGAACGGGUCGUGAAGGUACAGCAGCGCAGUCAGAAACAUUAGCAGCGACCAUCACAAAGUCCCGUUUUAAAGAGAAGCACCGACACAUUUCACCGUGUGACGUCUUUCUCCACCAACCGAGUUUUUCAGAGGACGGUAACCGUUAAACCCUGCGGAUAUCUUCUUUUUUUUUUUUGGUUCUUUUGGGGUUUUUUGUUUUUUCCACCGAGAGAGAAAAAAGAUCCGUGUCCGGAUGUGCCAGCAGUGUUGGGUUUUUCGCAUGGCGUAGGCACCUUUUCUGAAGAGGGAUAUUCUUGAUGUUUGGUGGGUCGGAGGAGGCCCUCGGGUCGACAGCAGUAUCCCCCUAACGUUCACCGUACUUCCACAUUUACCGAUUUGUUGGGGGGGAACGAUCAACGACAUGAUUGUGCAAUAGAGAGGAAGAAGCGCUGCACGUCUUGACUACCUCGGUGUGUUGACUGUGUGGAGAGAGACAGAGACAGAGAGAGCAAGUCACCAGGGAUAAAUUGUGUUUUUGUUUCCUCCUCUAAACCCCAACAACGACGCUUUUUUCCCCGAGCUUGUGAGGGCUCUUACAAAGGAGACGGGAAGAGGGAAUAUUUGUGCCCUCGUCUUGAGUGUGUGUGCGUGUGUGUGUGUGUGUGUGAGAGUGAGUGAGUGAGUGUGUGACUGUGUGUGUGUGAACCCCUCCGAGGACCGGGUACACCUUCGCGAUGACGGGCAGCACCCCAGCAGACAUGAUAAACCUGCGGCUUAUUUUAGUCAGCGGCAAGACGAAAGAAUUCCUCUUCUCUCCCAAUGACUCGGCUGCAGACAUUGCCAAGCACGUCUAUGACAACUGGCCAAUGGACUGGGAGGAAGAGCAGGUCAGCAGUCCUAACAUCCUGAGGCUGAUCUACCAGGGACGUUUUCUACACGGCAACGUAACACUAGGAGCCCUCAAACUGCCCUUGGGGAAGACCACAGUGAUGCAUUUAGUUGCCAGAGAGACUUUGCCUGAGCCAAAUUCCCAAGGUCAGAGGAACAGAGAGAAGACUGGGGAGAGUAACUGCUGUGUCAUUCUGUAAAUACACACCUCUGCUGCCGGCCUCCAUCCUUCUCAUCCGUUCUCGCCCUCAGCGUUCUGGACCUAAUGAGCUUGUCCCCUGUCCUGGAGCCUGUCCACAAAGCGGAUAUGCAUAUAAACACACACACACACACACACAUACACACUCUCUUUUUCUUUUUCUUUUUCUUCCCUUCCUCAUACACUCAAACUCUCAUGGAAAGGCAGCAGGCUCAGUCAGGCUGAUCCAGGACCUAGAGUUGGGAGCAGGAAAUUGAUUAACGAUAGAGUUGAUUCCUUUGUUGUACUUGAUUUGUCAUAACUGAAAAUUAGAGGAAGGAACUGGAUUUGCAUGUUUUUUUUUUCUUUAUUUCUUAAUGCACAACUUUUAAAGCCUUCUGCCAUACAAAUGCACGCAUAUACACACACACACACACACACAUACAUACAAUAGACAUACACACAUUAUCAAGCCAUCCUCAGCUGGUCUGUUAAAAGUCAGUUUCUAACUGGCUCCUCAUUCUAGCUGGUUGUAAUAGUAAUGCAGUGCCAGAGUUUGUGUGUGUGGCCUUGUUUUCUCAUACAGACUGCUGAGAAUUUUAACCACUAACAACUCACCAACAUGCAAAAGCACACAUAUAUUCACACAGACACACACACACACAUACAGUGACACCCUGUCUACACAUCCAACCAUAUGUGCUUGUGUGAUCUCCCUCAGUGCAGCAGAUGAAGCUUAGACGUGCCUGAUCAGAGAACUCAAACCAGGACACACACACACACACACACGCACCUACAGACACAUGCACACACACCUGUGUCCUUUAUACUGCCCUCCUCUGCAUGUGCCCUUAGAGGUCACAAGAGAGAAAUUAUUCCUUAUCUGCAGAGUGCUGUAGAGACCGAACGCAUCCUACUCUCUCAGACGUCACAUUCUAGCCAAACAAAGCCUAAACAAGCAAACAAAUAGACAAACAACCGUUGUCGGUGGUCUUGUUCUUGGUCAUUUGUUUGUCCAUGACAUUUGUGACUGUGUUUUGGCAGUCCAUGCAUAUUACUGACCGACCAGUGUUGUGAUUAAUAAAACGUCACGUCAGUUUUCUUCCCUCCCCUAAAGCACCAGCCCCCUCUUCAAGGAAAGGCUCCUUUUUUUUAAAAAGUGUUGUGAAGGAUCUCUCUGACAGUUACUGUCCUAGCAGGGAAGUUAACUCUGGAUGAAAAUGCUCCUUAUUUGUCUUAAUUUGCUUCUUACUCUCUCCUUAAUUCUCUCUCUGCAUUAAUAAGUCCAUUUUGCACAACUGAAGCAUGUGCUCCAUCAGAUUAAUAAAAAUGUAUAAAAAGUUUUAUGGUUUUAUUUUAUAUUUUUCCAAUGGAAGUAAUGUUCCAAACUAAGGUAAUGUGUAGAAUAUAUUUAAUAUGAAUCUUAUAUAGAACAUUAUGACUCUAGAUCUCGUUGAUAUACAGUAUAUUGGUGUUUAGUCUAUGAUUGUGUAUACGGUUAGCUUCUAGCCAGUUCACAGUCACUCGCUGACAAUGUCUUGUGCUUAACAGCAGCAAAACCUCCCUAAUCAUCAACAGACUGUAUUUUUAUUUUCUUUCUUCUGUGCUCUUUUAUUAUUUUUGUUUUCAUUUGUUUAUAAUUUAAUGUAAUCCUUUUUCUUUGUGGUUUUUUGCUUUAAAAGAAUCGCUUUGUAACAGCACUAGGUCUUAAAAAAAAUAUUGUUUAUAUUGAUCAGGGUUCAAAUCUGUACAGAGAUAAACGUUUUCAAACCAAUUGUAAAUAGCACUAAUGCUCCCUCUCCCUCCUCCAAACUUCAAAAUGGAAUACAUCUGUAAACUAAAUAAAGGUUAUUGAAGUGCA